UCGACUCAGGGUCUUUACGAUCGAUACUUUAUAGAGUAGAAAUCUUCUUCCUCCUACGAGCCUUCAACUGAAUAGAAAAAUGUCCGCCGUUGAAGACCUUAGGAAACAGAAUGCUGCGCUUCAAUCAAGCGUAGCAAACGUUUCCAGAGUGGCACAAGGAGCGCAGCAGGCGACAAAGAAACCUACUACCACUCCUGCCAAUCCAACCACUGCUCCGAAGGCUAGUCCUGUCAAGAAAGCUGCAACUACCUCCACAGCAACUUCUGCCACGAAGACAGGACCAAAUCUUGUGAAGAAGAGCCCAACGAAACUGCCGAGCACCUCGAUGCCACCUAACACAACCGCUUCGAAGACCGCAGCACCACCGAAGGCAAACCCGGUGCGGACUCCGUUGGGAACGAAGAAGCCACUACCACCUGCAUCGAGAAAGACGGCGCCUUCAACACCCACCUAUUCGGCCAUAACUCCAGCGAAGAAAACUCCAGUAUCAGCAAACAAGACUCCCACCAGCGCAGCCUCCAAGACUACUACACGCACACUGAUAGGAACUAAAAAGCCCAUUCCAGCCUCAAAAGCUGAAACAAGUGCCGUUAGCAAUACAUCGCCGGUCAAAACAUCCGCCGGAGUAGAAUCAAGUGUUAAGGCUACACCUUUGAAGAAGACACCGAUCAAGCAAGUAAAUCCCGACGGCACUAAACCCACGCCUACCCAAGCCCAAAAGACAGUCCCUGCCGCUCCAGCUACCAAAAAACCGGGCGUCAUCGGACAAGGCGCAAAUGCUGUUACCGGUGCUACAAAUAAAACUGUGGGACUUACAACCGGUACGUUGAACACUGUUACAGAUUCUGCGACCACGGGUGUUAAUGCUGGAGUCAAUGGCAUCACCGGUAUCGCAGGGAAGGGACUGGAGAAGUUGCCUGCAGGUGUGGGCAAGCCGGUGAAGCAUGUUACGGAUGGAGUUGGCAAGACAGCAACAGGAGUGACGGAUAACUUGUAUUAUACGACUGGCGCUGCGACGAAGGGCUUGCAGGGGACCGUCAGUAAGACGACGGGAGCGAUAGGAAGGGGAGAUGUCAAGGGAACAGUUGGGGGAUUGUCAAGCGGGGUAGGAAAUACGGGUGUCGGAAACACCGUCGGCGAUGCGGUCGGUGGCGUCGGAAGUACUGUUGGCGGCCCGCUAGGUGAUGUUGUAGGUGGAGUUGGCAAGGGGGCCGGGGCCGCUGUGGGAGGUAUAACGAGUGGUCUAGGAGAAGGCGUUGGGAAGCUGGGACGAGGUGAUGUCGUUGGAGGCCUUGGAAGUACGUUGGGCGGUGUUCAGAAAGGGGUUGGCGGUCUCCUUGGAGGCGUGCUUGGAGGUAUUCAAGGAGGUCAGGGAGAGGAUGAUGAGUAAUGGCUUAAUAUGUUUGGUGUUUCUAAAAGGCUUGAAUAUUUGCUUACGUUCUAGUAUUAAUAUUAAGCUUGGAUAAGG